AUGGCUCGUUCCUCUCUCUGUCGCCAAAGGCAGAUGCCUGGGAAAGAGCACACCCGGAGAGAAGCGUACAUGAUGUUCACCACGUCUGAACACCCCGACUCUGCUACUUGGGGUUCACGCUUCCCGAGUCAGACGUUGCUCCCAUAUACUAAAUCGGAGGAGCUGGGGGGAAGGCCGGAGCCCCACGUCGCCGCGCUGAGGCAUGCUCUGUGUGAAGAAUUCCGAGAGUGGCUUUCUGCUGUGACCCAGAUUGAGCUGGAGCCAACUAUUGAUAUCUCCUGUGCUAAAUAUGAAUAUACCGAUGUCUUGCUGUGCCACGAUGAUGAGCUGGAAGGUCGGAGAAUUGCUUUCAUCCUGUACCUCGUGCCGCCCUGGGAGAAAAGCGACGGCGGAACGCUGGACCUGUACAGCACAGAUGAACACUUUCAGCCGCAGCAAAUCAUCAAGUCAUUAGUGCCUUCGUGGAACACGCUGGUUUUCUUUGAAGUGUCUCCAGUCUCUUUCCACCAGGUGUCAGAAGUUCUGUCUGAGGAGAAGUGCCGCUUGUCAGUGAGUGGCUGGUUUCACGGCCCGUCAAUAGUCAGACCUGCACGCCACAUGGAAGCUUCUUUGCCCAGGAGCCCACACAUCCCCUAUGAUCAUGAAAUCUUGUAUGAGUGGAUCAAUCCAGUUUAUUUGGACAUGGACUCCCAAGCUCAAAUCCAGGAGGAAUUUGAGGAGCGAUCAGAAAGUCUCCUGAAAGAUUUUCUUAAGAAAGAGAAAUACCGACUACUGUGUGAAGCUUUGGAGAGCAAAGACAUCCAGUGGAGCAGCCGGGGGCCUGCCAAUAAAAGACUCUAUGAGACAGCAGAGGAAGACAGCCUCCCUGACAUCCUGAAGAAAUUCCUGCAGUUCUUACGCUCUGAGGCAUUGUUUUUACUGCUUUCCAACUUCACUGGCCUAAAGCUGCACUUCCUGGCUCCCUCUGAUGAGGAUGAAGAUGCUGGGGAGGGAAGAGAAGAGACUGAAGAACAUGCUGAUAGCAAUCCCCAUCAGCCAGACCAGCCUGACAGCCCCCCUGAAGCACAAGACGGUGAGACACAGAAUGGCUCAGGUACCCCUGUGUGUGCUGGGGAGCUGAGGCACUGGACCCACGGGCACUAUACUCUAGUCCACGACACUCAAGCAACAGAAUUUGUUCUCGACCUGCUCUUCUUCUGUGGCUGUGAGGACUGGGAUCCAGAAUAUGGUGGCUUUACUUCCUACAUCGCUAAAGGUGAAGAUGAAGAGCUGUUGACAGUGAAUCCAGAGGACAACUGCUUGGCCUUAGUUUAUAGAGACAGAGAAACUAUGAAGUUUGUGAAAUACAUCAAUCAUCGUAGCUUGGCUCGCCUGAAAAAGCAUCCAAACAGAACAGGAUUUUGGGAUUUUUCCUUUGUCUAUUACGAGUGA